GUUCUGCUGGUUGGAAGUUCAUGGCCGAUAUAUUGGGGAAUGAAGAAACAAAAGUACAUCAAACUUAAAGAGAAGUACUUUAAAGAAAAUGGCGGCUUACUGUUACAGAAGUACAAUUACAAUGAAAGUAGAGUUGUUGGUGAAGGGGGGUUAUGGAAUAGUUUACAAAGGAAUACUUGCAGAUAACAAAGUGGUUGCCAUAAAGAAGUCAAAAGUUGGCGUUCCAGCUCAGAAAGAGCAGUUUGUAAAUGAGGUGAUUGUUCUUUCUCAAAUCAAUCAUAGAAAUGUAGUGAGGCUUCUAGGUUGCUGUUUAGAGACACCGGUGCCUUUACUAGUUUAUGAAUACAUCACCAAUGGCACUCUUUUUCAUCACAUUCAUGGUAAAAAGAGCAAAGGUUCAUCACUUUCAUGGGAAUUACGAUUGAAGAUUGCAGCAGAAACUGCAGGAGCAUUAGCAUACUUACACUCCUCUACCUCUACACCAAUCAUACAUCGAGAUGUGAAAGCAAUGAAUAUACUGUUACAUGACAAUUACACGGUGAAAGUGUCAGAUUUUGGUGCUUCGCGCUUAGUUCCUUUGGAUCAAACUCAAGUAACAACUCUAGUGCAAGGGACACUUGGAUACUUAGAUCCUGAAUACUUCCAUUCAAACCAAGUAACACAAAAGAGUGAUGUCUAUAGUUUUGGAGUUGUCCUGAUGGAGCUACUAACAAGCAAAGUAGCGCUUUCUUUUGCCAGGCCUGAGUCAGAGAGAAACCUAGCAAGCUUAUUUGUUUGUUCAAUGGAGGAAGAUGGCUUGAACAGAAUUUGGGACGAUACCCUAUUCAGUGAAGGAAAUAUUGAGACCCCAAAAAAUGUAGCGAACCUUGCGAAAAGAUGUGUCAGGUUAAAAGGGGAGGAAAGACCUACCAUGAAAGAGGUAGCCUCAGAGCUAGAGGGGAUGAGAAUAAUGGCAAAGCAUACAUGGGAAAGUUCUAAUUUCUGUCCUGAAGAGAAUGUGCACUUGCUCUGGUCACCUUCAAACACGUAUGCUGUGGAUGUUAGAGGCGAUUGCAGUUCUAGUACUAAUGGGCAUGACAGCAUGCAAAUCCAAAUGUUAAUGUCAUAUAAUGAUGGGAGAUAGUUAAAACUUGAUGCGGUAGAAACUAUAUGAACCACAAGGUUAGAAUAGAAGUAAUGUACAUAGAUGUAUUGCUGGAACGACUAUAUGUG